AUGGAGUCAAGCAUUCUGUACUCAUUGACUGACGUGCUGUCUGUCGCCAAGACGCAUCCUUUCUACUCUGAUGCGAAAUAUCCACCAAAUGAUGAAGUUAUUCGCAUUACCCACGAGAAGGCUUCUGCCCAAAACUCUCAAUCCAGCUACUUGAGUAGAAGUUUGAUCAAGCCUCUCUUUAAUCUUCUCCCUUUUACACAGCGGGAGACGUCUUCAUUGACGCCAGAAGAAGCUGAACUAAAAGCACGACCUUUACUUCACAAGCACGAUCUAUCGCUGGACCUAACUCUAGAGACCAUGGAGAACGCCGGUGCAUCCGUUCUCGCAGCUGGGAGUUAUAGCAAGCCCUCCGAAACUGUCGAUCUGUUGAAACAGUUUAAUGUAAAUGUCCUCACGGGCGAUGGGAGUCAGAUCAUGGCGGUGAUCCAUUACAUCUCAACCUUGAAAGAGGACAGAGACAAGAUAAAACUGAACAAGGUCAUCUACACUUCUGAAGUACUCACUGUGGCGCAAAAGGCACACAUCUACAACGUCCUUGGCCCCGUCAAGAUCUGUUCUGUAUUGGGUAGCGCAGAAGCUGGUCCCUACGGAGUAAGUACGCCAGAACUGACUCCUUCUGAGCCAGGCACGAUAUAUAACGAUUUCAUUAUCGACACGCGCAUGACGCUGAUUGAGAUUCUGCCAAUUGACUACGCCGAGAACAAAGACAUCCCUGUCCCAGAUCUUCUCCCCGAAGGAGAAACAGGUGUAAUUGCACAAACUGUACUAACACGUCUUCGCAAUCCUGUCGUACGGUAUGUCACCGGCGAUGUGGGCUCCCUCCACCCUCUCCCCGAACAAACACGCUCCCAGAUCCCUCAAUCUGAUCAACCCUACCUCCGCAUCCUCCGUCUACACGGUCGCGACCGACGCUUCAGCUUCAUGUGGGAUGGCUUCGAUACCCGGUUUGACAACCUAGCCACUCUGCUCUCUGAGGAACAGUACGGAGUUCUCCAGUGGCAGGUCAUUCUGAGUAAAAUGGAACCAUCAUUGGAGGCGUUUCUAGAAAUUCGUCUUCUGUGUAAGCAGGACGAAACUUGUAGGCAAGCUGCCCUUGCUCGCUUGAACACGUUUCUCAAUAUCUAUCCUCCCAACGCGCACAAGUUCAAGGUUACCUUUGUUGAGGGUCUUAGUGGGUUUGAGUUGAGUAAGACGGGGCAGAAGGUGAUCAAGUUUAUUGAUCGGUCUGGGUAA